GGGUUGGACUGGAUGAUCCUGGUGGGUCACUUCCAGCUGUGGAUAUUCUGUGAUUCGAUGAAAAUCCCUAACUGCAUCAGAAUCACCCAGAAAGUUUCGCAGUAAAGGCAUGAAAAGCUGCUCCUGUUGUAAUUUCUGAAGCGAGAGGGCACGGAGUUGACGCUCCUCGGGCGGGUUUUUGUGGGGUCUUCCCAUCAGGUGCCGGGACGGCAUGGGGGGUUGUCAUCUGUCUUUUGUCAUCUGUCACCGCAACAGGCUGGCCCCGGCUCCCAGGGAACAGGAGAAAGCAGCUCUGGAGGUGAGACAUUAGUGGGGUGCAAGACUGUCUCCUUGGGCCGUGCAGUGGAGCCGGGGUGUCGCAACAGCAGGAUUGGGAGCAGCCCCAGGUGGUCCCAUCCCGUCCCACGGCUAUCGUGAGCAGCUCCAGGACGUUCUGUCCCACCUGUCGUCUUUGGGAGCAGCCCCAUAGUCCCGUCCCGCGGCGGGCGUUCCAAGCAGGCAUUUGGUGCGGGUUUCCCGUCCCUUUAGGACUAACCCGUCCUAUCCCGGCACUGUUGCCCGGUCACGGUCAUUUCAGGAAAUGCAGACAAGAUUUUUUUUCGCUGGCUGACAUCACCAAAUUUUCCAUGCCGGUGUUCACAGACCAGUGCGGCUGAGCCGGGAAAAGGGCUGUUGCAGUGCAGUGGGUGAAGCGGUGCCCAUCCCAGGGGAGCUGUGCCCGUGCCAUUCCCGGUGCCGACACGCGGGGAUACGCUAUCCCCGGCUCCCUGACGGGAGCAUUCAACCCUGAUGGUGCCCGAGCAGCAGCACCUGGCCCCUCGCCACGGGCUCGGUGUCCCCGAGCCCCCCACGGCCCUGCCGCGCCCUUCACUUCGACUGCUUCUCUCCGGCGCCGUGUUCACAGCCAGGCUCCCGGGAGAGUUCAACUUGGCGCCUGUGUCACUGCCCUGUCACUACGCUCGGCUCUGACGGCGAGGAUUUCCCCGGCAGCGGGUGAAUUCCCUGCAGUGAGAGCGCGCCCAUCCCCGCCCCGCCAGCGCAGCAGGCGGUAAAGCCCCGGAGACCCCGCGCCGGAGCCGGGCUAGGGGGGCAGGCAGGCUGGGGACCCCGGGUGACAAAUCCUGCUGCUGUGACCUUUUGCCGAACAAGUUCCCCUGCGAAAAGCACCUCGCCGUGACCUCAAUGCGGGCUGCACCGCGCGCUUCCCCUACACGGCAUUUUUCCGGCCAUCGCCGUCCUGUCCUCCCCGUCCUGCCACCGCCCAUCCUUCCCGACCGCUGGUCUCCACCUGUCCCCCAGGCCGGCGCCACGGGACACGAAGUGACCAUGGCACUCUGUGCGCAGUCUCUGGAGAUACAGCCGGCACUUUUUGUUCACAUGGCAGCAGCAAACUCUUCUCCACCUGGUUCUUUGGAUCUAAACCAGCCUGGGUUUGCAAAGGAGAUCCUGGGAACUAAACUGGAGGUCAAAUACCUGUGUUCCGAUUGCAAGAACAUCCUGAGGCGGCCGUUCCAGGCACAGUGUGGCCAUCGCUACUGCUCCUACUGCCUGAAGAAAAUCAUCAGUGCUGGACCUCAAAAGUGUGCCAGCUGUAUCCAGGAAGGAAUAUAUGAAGAAGGAAUUUCUAUUUUGGAAACAAGCUCGGCUUUCCCAGACAACGCAGCGCGGCGGGAAGUGGAGAGUCUGCCUGCUGUCUGCAUCAACAGUGGCUGCACCUGGAAGGGAACUAUCAAAGAGUACGAGGCUCAUGAUGAAGUCUGCCCUGAAUUCCCGCUGACUUGUGAAGGCUGUGGGAAGAAGAUUCCCAGGGAGAAGUUUCGGGACCACGUGAAGACGUGUGGCAGAUCCAAAGUACCCUUGCCGUUUGAGGCUGUGGGCUGUGCUGAGGUGGUGGAAAAUGAAAAGCUCCUGGAACAUGAAAGGAAGUGUUUGGCAGAGCAUCUCUACAUGCUACUGAGCUCUGUGCUCAGCCUCAAGACUGGUGCUGGGGACCCCAAAUCCCUUCCUGUUCUUUCCUCAUCACAAAACAGCUCCCCACUGCUGGCAGCAAACUCACUGUGCUCAGAGUCAGAGCUCUCUCGGUCCCUGGAGCUCUUGGGAAUGUGUGAGGCCCUUGAGAGGAAAACAGUGACUUUUGAGAACAUCGUCUGUGUGCUCAACCGGGAGGUGGAGAGAGUAUCACUGACUGCUGAAGCUUACAGCCGCCAGCACCAGCUGGACCAGGAGAAAAUCGAAACGCUGAGCAACAAGGUCCGGCAGCUGGAGAGGAGCAUUGGGCUCAAAGAUCUGGCGAUGGCUGAGAUGGAGGAGAAGAUCCGUAACAUGGAGGCUUCCACCUACGAUGGAGUUUUCAUCUGGAAGAUAACGGAGUUUGCCCGGAAGCGUCAGGAGGCAAUAACAGGCCGCUCUCCUGCCAUCUUCUCUCCAGCUUUCUACACCAGCAAGUAUGGCUACAAGAUGUGUCUGCGUGUGUACCUGAAUGGGGACGGCACCGGCCGCGGGACCCACCUGUCCUUGUUUUUUGUGGUGAUGAAGGGACCCAACGACGCGCUGCUGCGGUGGCCCUUCAACCAGAAGGUCACCCUUAUGCUUCUGGACCAGAAUAACCGGGAGCACAUCAUUGACGCCUUCCGCCCUGACGUGACGUCCUCGUCCUUCCAACGCCCUGUCACGGAGAUGAACAUCGCCAGUGGCUGCCCCCUCUUCUGCCCCGUGUCCGUCAUGGAAGCCAAGAAUUCCUACGUGCGGGAUGAUGCCAUCUUUAUUAAAGCCAUCGUUGAUCUCACGGGCCUCUAACCCUCCUGACCUCAGAGUAGUGAGUGUGGAGCCAGCACUGCCCAGGGCAUCUCCCACUUGUGGAGAUGGGAGGUGGGUCUCAGAGCAAGAGAAGGGGGCACAGAGAUGGGAAAAGCCCUUCCUGAAAAGGAACCUUUGCUCUGAAUGGAAACCAGGUGUCUGAUGGGAGCCAUCUUUCAUGAGGAGAGGAUUGGUGGACACUGGCAGGCUGUGGGAUAUGGAAGAUUCCCUGCAGGGACUUGGGUGUCUGAACUGCUGCUGUCUGGACUCCAGUGGAAACCAGUGCAGCUCUUGCUCUACCAGUUUAGCCAACAUCCGGAGCUCUCUGUAGUAAAACAAUGGUUUGCCCUGCCUGA